CAUCUGUACUCAGCCAGCUGGCACCUAGGCCUAAUUAUUUUUCAUAUUUCAGUCAUUUUAUUUCUUUAAAUGUGACUUGACAUUGUUCUGUGACUUUUCAGAAUUACCAGUACACAGAGCCAGGAUGAAUUUGGAGAUUAAACAUGCUAUCUUGGUUUUGUGGAUUUUUCUCCAAGUUCAAGGAAUCAAAGAUACCUCUACUAAAACACACAGUUCUGGAACUAAAAACAUAGACAAAGCCCCAAGAAUUGAAACAACUGAAAGCACUUCAGCAGUGCACAAAGCGUCAACCAUGAAACGACUGUUCGCUGUGGCGAAGCUUCGAAACAAAAGAUCGGCACUGUUCCCAGCUGUGAACAUCUGUCCGCGGGAAUCCUUGAGGCAGAUUUUAGAAAGUCUUCAAGAGUAUUAUCGACUGAGAGUAUGUCAAGAAAUAGUGUGGGAAGCAUAUCGGAUCUUUCUGGAUCGCGUUCCUGACACAGAGGAAUAUCAAGACUGGGUCAGCCUCUGCCAGAAGGAGACCUUCUGCCUCUUUGACAUUGGGAAAAACUUCAGCAACUCCCAGGAGCACCUGGAUCUCCUUCAGCAGAGAAUAAAACAGAGAAGCUUCCCUGGGAGAAAAGAUGAUGUGUCCUCCAUAGAGAUACUGGGAGCGCCUACCACAGCCCCCGUGUUACCCACAGAUGUUUCCAGUAUGUCACUGAGGCCCUUCCCACUCCCUCCUGAUGACACAGACCUCAAGGAGAUUCUCAAUGUCACCAUCAAAGACAUCCAAACACCCACAACAAUAAGAAGAGCUGAGUUGGAAAGUAAACCAGAACCUACUCCAGUGUCUGAAAUCUCAUCUGAGGAGAAAGUGGAGUUCAGCAUCUCUCUGCCAAACCACAGGUUCAAGGCAGAGCUCACCAACUCCAGAUCCCCAUACUACCAGGAACUGGUGGGACAGUCCCAACUGCAGUUGCAAAAGAUAUUUAAGAAACUUCCAGGAUUCGGAGAAAUCCGCGUGUUAGGAUUUAGACCAAAGAAAGAAGAGGAUGGUUCAAGCUCCACAGAAAUACAACUUAUGGCCAUCUUUAAGAGGGACCAUGCAGAAUCAAAAGGCCCUGAGAGUGAUCUCCUGUCUCUCGAUUCCAACAAAAUUGAACGUGAAAGAAUCCAUCACGGAGCCAUAGAAGACAGACAACCAGAAGCCUACCUCACAGCUGCAGACCUCAAAAAACUCAUCAUACGACUGCUAGAUGGAGACCAGCCCGUGGUAGGAGGGACAGUUCCAUUCAGUGAUGAAGUUACUGAGCCACUCUUCAGACCUGUCACCCAAUCAGAGCUGCCCAAGCCCCUUACUGAUGUCACAGAGGAUGUCACUUUGAGUCCAGAGCUUCCUUUCAGUGAACUUAGGCUUGAGAGUGUGGACAGAGAUGGUCCUGACCUGCCUGACAGUUCUUGGUCUCUGCCUGUAACAGCCUCGACUUCCGGAGUGGGAAAUCUACCUUCCUUUACGCCUAGCAUCUUCUCUCUGGAUGAUCAAAGCUCCCCUCCCUUGAUGGCCACUGGCCCAACAGCAUUCAUCCCCACGCUCACUCUCCCCAUUCUCGAUUAUUCUACUGUCCGCCAAUGGCCGCUAGAAGUGUCACAUUGGCCUGAAUCUUCCAGUGACAGAGAGUUGACCACAAGCAGCCACGACACAAUCAGAGACCCAGAUGAAAUGGAUGUGUCCGACACGCCUGCCUUGUCGGAAAUAGCAGAACUGAGUGGAUAUGAUUCGGCCCCGGAUCGGUUUUUGGAGAUGACCACGCCCAUCCCGACAUUACAGUAUGUCACCACCAGCUCUGAGACCAUUGCCGCCAAGGGCCACGAGCUAGUGGUAUUCUUCAGUCUGCGCGUCGCUAACAUGCCGUUCUCCUAUGACUUGUUCAACAAGAGUUCCCUGGAGUACCAAGCCUUGGAACAACGAUUCACAGAUCUGUUGGUUCCAUAUCUACGAUCGAACCUUACGGGCUUUAAGCAACUGGAAAUACUCAGCUUCAGAAACGGGAGUGUGAUCGUGAACAGCAAAGUGCGAUUCGCCAAGGCCGUACCCUACAACCUCACCCAGGCCGUGCGCGGGGUCUUGGAGGAUCUUCGGUCCACUGCAGCUCAAGAGCUCAACCUGGAAAUCGAAAGCUUCUCUCUCAACAUUGAACCAGCUGAUCAGGCAGAUCCCUGCAAAUUCCUAGACUGUGGCAAAUUCGCCCAGUGUAUAAAGAAUGAGUGGACAGAGGAAGCAGAGUGUCGCUGCAGACAGGGACAUGAGAGCCACGGGACCCUGGAAUACCAGGAACUGAACCUCUGUCCUCCUGGAAAGACUUGUGAAGCCAAUCAAGGACAAGCAGCCCCAUGCAGGCCACCAGAUCACUCUACAAACCAAGCUCGGCAACCUAGUGUUAAAAAGCUACAACGUCAGCAAAAUAAGGUGGUCAAGAAAAGAAAUUCUGAACUCUCAGCUACAGAUUUUGAAGAAUUUGAUGACCAGGAUUGGGAGGGAAAUUAAAGGCUGGAAUCAUAUGCACUAUGCUUUAAACCCUGUUGAAAGGCAACUUUAUUUCUUAAAGAAAAAUGUAACCAGUUAACUUCUGAAACACGGAGGGAGAUACUCAGUGGUCAUUGGAAUACAGGCAUGUAGUUAACUCUGAGGAUCAACAUACUUGAACUAGAGAACAGUCAUGUAUUUGAUGACAGUUAAGCCAGGGGAGUACACAUAUUUUUAGUCAAAACUCAAAGCAAUCAUUGGGACACAUUUGACAUUUGUGGACAGUACUCAAGUAGAAAAAAAUUAGGGUUUUUUUUUUCUUUUAAAUUAUUACUUAAAGCUUAUUUCCAACAAGAACACCUUGUUCUGUAGGUUGUACAGUAUUGGGGGAUCUAGUUCUUUUAUAUAUUAGAAUAUACAAUUAAAGGAUUAUCAUUUGGGCUAGAGAGGUAGCUAAGUGGUUAAGAGUAUAUACUGCUCUUCCAGAAGACCAGGGUUUAGGUCCCAACACCCACAUCGAGUGGCUCACAUAGACCUGUAACUCCAGCUCCAGAGAACACAAACACCCUCCUCUGGCCUCCGUGCCCUCAUGCACAUAACCACAAAGAGACACACCCACACUAUUUUUUAAAUUAAUUGAUGUUUUAGUCGGCAGUGGAGAGGAAG